CGUGUGAGGGCCAAACCAUGGCUUUCACCAUGUUGCGCCCCGUUUCCGCUCGACACUUUUACCCGGACAUCAGCCUGCACUCGGACGAUGACGAGAACAAGAGCGAAAGCGACGGCUCCGACCGGUCCUUCGACUGUUGCAACGGCGUAGCGAAGAGGAGGAAGGUAUCCUUCUCCAAGGGUUCGGUGGUGGUGAAGCACAGACAGGCGGCCAACGCCAGGGAGAGGGACAGGACUCACAGCGUCAACACCGCUUUCAGCGCCCUCAGGACACUCAUCCCCACCGAGCCCGCCGAUAGGAAGCUCUCCAAAAUUGAGACCCUGCGCCUGGCGUCCAGCUACAUCUCCCACCUCGGCAACAUUUUGCUGGUGGGGGAGGAGGGCGUGGAUGGACAGCCAUGUCUCACCGCCGUCUACAGCAGCCAGGCCGAGUUCGAGGGACAGCAGCCCAGGUCUAUCUGUACGUUCUGUCUCAGCAACCAGAGGAAGGGGGUCAAAGAGAAGGACGCGAAGAGCGGGUUUGCGAAGAUCAGGGGGCAAGCUGCUCUCCGGAUGCAGCGCCAGUGAAUGUCGAGCGAGGGGCGGCGAGACACCGAGAGACGUUUCGUUAGAGGAGCGUCACCGGCGACCGGCCUAGGACUCAGCGGCCAAAAGCGAUCUGACAACAGAUUACACGUGGCAAGCCUUUAUUUUGUGUUGUUUGCACGGGGAGUAUGGACACCGUCUUGGAACCCCCGUCCUUCGAGCAAUCACUCAUCCAAGCACACUGAACAGUGAACUUCUAGUUUUGACCUGAACGUUGAAGCCCCUGCUCUCUCCGCAUAUUAGAUCCACUGGGCCGUGCGUGCUGCGGGCGAUUACAGAGAGCGAGGGCAAAAGCGACACUUUAAUGCUGAAGUCUGUCUCCAUUUGGGGAGAUCUGACCCUUUCCUAAGUGUUUGCGCUCCGUUUGUUGUAAAUGUGUUUUUUUUAAAGUAUCUAGCCAAAAUGUGAAGAAAUAAAAGCAGACGUGAGUUCUG